AAUCUUGUCCUCUUCCCAAAAUGGUCCUCAUGGUGAUUUGUUUUCUCUUUCCCUUGCAGUUCUGCUUCUCUCUCCUGGUUUCAAGUCUUAAAGGUUCUGUGGAAGUAGACCCAGAGAAAUGACCUGGACAAGUUAAUUUGCCCUGAAGAGUGACGGAUAGACCCUUCUCCCACUUUCCCAAACCAGUAUCCGAUAUGGUAUUUUUCAUGACCAUGAUCACAAAGAGUUCAGUUCUUUUAAGAAACUUGGGGGUCUCCCAGGGAGCCCUAAGAAGGCAUCCUACCAUCACACCACAUGAUAUUACCUGCCAAGAGAUACCUGUCACUAUGUGGGGCUUGGAGGAGUCCUUACACGAUAUAUUCAAAAUCCUACUGAGAGGGAACCAACUGUUAUAAUGUCCUAGAAGGCCUUGCCACCAUAAAAGCAAGAAGGGAAACUUAUAGAUGCUUGUCAGUGGUGCUUUCAUAUCCAUGAAUACUGAAUGCUAAUCCAAGACAAAUGUCCACAUAAUUCUAUGAAAAGCUCCCAAAUCAUGUACAGGAGCUCAAGCAAAGGCAAUGAAAGGAGAACAUUAUUCUAUGCCUUCAGGUUUCCCAACCCAUCCAUUAUCUGUCACUGAAAAAGCUCUGGAGUUGGCAGUGGACUUAGGUGUGGCCCGGAGGGAGUCUCUGGAGAGAAACAUGAGUAGUAACAAUUCAUGUAUCCCAGCAGAUAUAGCCAACACAGAUUUUCGGUAUUUUAUUUAUGCGGUCAUGUACACAGUCAUCCUGGUGCCUGGUCUUAUAGGAAACAUACUAGCUCUGUGGGUCUUCUAUGGCUAUAUGAAAGAGACCAAGCGGGCUGUGAUCUUCAUGAUCAACUUGGCCAUCGCAGACUUAUUACAAGUACUCUCCCUACCCCUGCGGAUCUUCUACUACCUGAACCAUGACUGGCCUUUUGGGGAAGGUCUCUGUAUGUUUUGCUUCUACCUGAAGUAUGUGAACAUGUAUGCCAGCAUCUACUUCUUGGUGUGCAUCAGUGUGAGGCGGUUCUGGUUCCUCAUGUACCCCUUCCGCUUCACCGACUGCAAGAGGAAAUGCGACCUGUAUGUCAGUAUAGCUGGCUGGCUCAGCAUCUGCCUCGCCUGCCUCCUUUUCCCCUUUCUCCGGAUCAACCAGGAGAAGGCCAGCAACCGAACCAAGUGCUUUGUGGAUCUGCCCACCAGGAACGUGAACUUGAUGCAGUCCAUUGUCAUGGUGACCAUGGGGGAGCUGGUGGGCUUCAUCACUCCUCUCAUCAUUGUUCUCUACUGCUCCUGGAAGACAGUGUUAUCGCUAAAGGAGAAGUACCCAGUAUCCCAGGACCUUGGGGAGAAGAAGAAAGCUCUAAAAAUGAUCUUAACCUGUGCAGCAGUAUUCUUGAUUUGCUUUGCACCCUAUCAUUUCAGCUUUCCCUUAGAUUUCUUGGUCAAGGCCAACAAAAUCCAAAGCUGCAGGGCCCAGAAGGUGAUUAUGAUAUUCCAUUCAGUGGCCUUGUGCUUGGCGAGCCUGAAUUCCUGCCUGGAUCCAAUCAUUUACUACUUUACCACCAAUGAGUUUCGGAGGCGGCUGUCGAGACAAGAUUUGCAAGACAGCAUCCAACUCCAUAACAAAAAUUAUCCAGGCAACCAUGCCCCAACAGUGGGAACAGGGCUAUGUUGAAAUCUGAAUGCUUGCUCUGACUGAAAGCUCAAAGUUUAAGACAAUGUUUCACCACCCCAACCGGGGAAAAUACAGCAGCAGCACAUGUGCCAGUGUCUUCCUUGGCAAUGUCCUAUCCAGGCCAUGUGGGUGUAUGUAGAUCCACCUCUUGGCUCCCAUUCAGGACUGAGUACUCUUUCCAUCACCAGAAUUGUCUUGACCAUUCAUUACAUUGCCCAUCAACUCUCUGUAACCCCCGUGCUGUCAAUAGCCAUUGUUCAAUGGCUCGUCAUUCAUGUCAACAUUCAAGAGACAGAAGAGAAAGCUGUGCCAUUGAUGGAAUGAAUAUGUUUUAUCCCGGAAUUGUUUCUAAUUUCUACCAUGUUGGGCCACAUGAAGCUGUUUGUAUUCAGGUGCAAUACAAUUGUCCAGUUACUCUACCAAGCACAGGAUUUCAAUACAGUAUGGUAUUUGUGAGAACAGCAGACUCUUCCAAAGUCAACCAAGGGCUGGCCUUGGAGAAAGGAAGACCUGGAUUCAAAUCCCGCUUUACUAGCUUUGUGACCCUGGACAAGUCACUUUCCUUCUCCGAACACCAUCUCCUUCCCCAGGCUCUUCUCUGAGACUAAAUUCAAAAUGAGAUUUCAAUCUUUAUUAAAAGUCAAAGGACUUCGACAAAUCACAUGAUAUUUGCAAAUGAAUUAUGUAACCUUUUAUUCUAUCAUUAACUCAUACUCCAAACUCAUUCACAUUUUGGAACUUGGAGAUCUUUGUUUUGCCCCUAACCAUUUAUCCACCUGAGACCUCCAAAGUUGAAAGCACCACAUUGCUUCUUUGGGAAUAUGGGCCCUGGCCACUGCUUUGGCUUCAUAGCACAAGAAGAGGCAAUGAUCCCAUUGGAGCAGCUGGCCCCAGCCAUGCCUCUUGGGGAACUGUGUUUCCAAUCUUUACCCUACCUCUUGGGAAGAGUUCAGAAGAUCUUUCUGGGAGGCACGGGGCCACCUACAAGAUCUUAAUGAAGAAGACGAGAUGAUGACUCCCAUUUCUAUAGCUUGAUAGUUUACAAAACUGAGGUAGGGGUUACAUGAGAAGCAAACACAAUCUGAGAACACAAGAGGCAGUAUGAGGGAGGAACACUGAACAUUGAGUUGGGAGGGCCAUCCCGCAAUUUGAUUCCUUCUCCUAACACUUCCCUCUGGGGAGAUCCUGGACAAGUCCCUCUCUGAGCUUCUCUUUCCUUGUCUAUUAAAGGGAGACAAUUCCUAGAGGAUCAACCUUUUGUUGCUAUGAGGUUCAAAUGUAAUUAUUCAUGUAAGAUGCUUUGAAACCUUAAAGCCUAUCUUUCUCUCUAUGUUAAGCCAUUACUAGCUGAUAUGCUACUUUUCAUAUUUUUCAUUCAUUCUUUUUAAAAGAAAUGCACAUUUAUGACAUAGUGGAAAAUGACGUCCUUGGAGUCAGGAAGAUCUGGCUCAAUUAUGGCCCCUGACCCAUCUUGGCUGUGUGUCUGGGCAAGUCACUUAACCUCUCAGUGACCUGAGGCAACUCUCUGACACCAUAGCUGAGUUCCCCAUAUGCAUCAACGGAGGGCAAUUCCACCCCAAGAGUUCCCUAUAUUAAUGAAAUCACAAGUUUGGACAAAACCAUAACAUCUAUGGUAGCAUAUGCUUAUCAUAAGGCAAGACCGUGUAGAGCCCCUGAGGGCUAGGUUUUAUUGGCAGUACAAGGGAUUAUUUGAGACCUAGGAAUUUGAAUUUAAUAAGUGUCAUUGCAAAAUCAAGUGAAAUAGAAAGGAGCCCAAGUAUGAGACAUUUAUUACAGUGUUUCCUGAAAAGUGUUUUUAUGAAUGCUUUCUGUUUUUACGUCACAUUCCUUAUCUCCCCUACCAAGCAACCCUUCCCUUGUGUCUAAAGUAUUUUUCAAAAGCAGUUUAGCAAAACUGACAGACGUAUUAAUAAUGUCUGACAACUUCUAUAAUAUUCCACACACAGAAUCUGCUACUUCUGAAUGAAAGGAGGGAGGUGCAUAUUCUCACCUCUUUUCUAGGACCAAGUUUUAUCAUUGUAUUUAUGUAGCAUUUGGUUUUGUUGAAUUCUCUUUGUUUACAUUAUUGUAGUCAUUGUGCACAUUAUUUGCUCGGGGCUGCUUACUUUACUCUGUAUCAGUUCUUAUAGGUCUUUUGAGGUUUCUCGGAUUCCUCAUAUUAGUUACUUCUUUAUAACUUCUUAUAGUAAUACUCCAUGGCAUUUGGGUACCACAAUUUGUGAUGCAGAGAGCACUAUGUUCGGCAGUGGAAAAGGCCAAAGUUUAGCCAAGACACAGCCGUUGCCCUCAUGUGGCAGCUCCAUAGCCUUUUGGGGGAAUAAGUUACAAACCCAGAUAACGCUAAUACACAAAAUUGCCUAGGAGGUAAACAGGAAAGGUACAAAAUACUGUGUGAGGGCCGAAGGGGUCAAGCGGUCACUAGCUGAAGGGGGUGAGGGCAGUGCUAGAAUUGGAAAGACCAUUGGGAAGAGUAGGCACCCGAGUUGCACUUUAAGCAGAGCAAUCCAAACAAGAAGGAAGGUGUUGCUAUAGCUGUCUCCUCUUUGAAUCUCCUUCUACAUGGGAUUUCAAAACCAGAGAAUGUUUAAAACUGGAAGGUCUCCUUGAGGCUUCGAAUCCAACCUUUCUUAUUUUACAGAUGAGAAACUGAGGUCUCAGAGUUGGCAAAUGAUCAUGUAGUCAGCCAGUGGCAGAGCUAGCAGAUACCCAGGGCUCCCGACUCCUAUUUAUUCUUCCCACAAUGUAUGGUACUCCCCUCCAUAACAAUCUUACCAUGGCUCUUGAGACCUUCUACAGCCUGGCUCAGUUUAUUCUUAAAGAUAUGUAUUGACCUAGAGUUGGAAGAGCCUUGGCCGUAAAUGCUGCCUCUGAGACUCACUAGAUGUGUAGCUGUGGGCAAAUUGCCCUCUCUGAAUAACAACCAUAACAACACAGAAUUGUUAAGAGAAUAAAUGAGAUAAUGGUUGUAAAUUGCUUUGCAAACCUUAUUAUCACUAUCAACCUCAGUGUCCUCAUCUGCAAAAUAGGAAAAAUAAUAGCAGCUACUUCACAGAGUGUUGUGAAGCUCGAGCAAGAUGAUGUGUUGAAAGUCAAAAUAGAACUCCUUGCCUAGUUAUUGAUCCCCGGCUUAGGGGAAAAGCCUCUCGGUCACAGUGGAAGGCUGUUUGACUUUUGGUUCCUGAGCCCCCAAUCCUGACCUGAACAUGGGAUGAUGUCAAUGGCUUGUGCCUUUCACUUUUGGGGAUCAUUGAAAUGUCUUGUUCUACUCACCGUUUACCACUGGGUCUCUAAAGUGGAACUUCCUGUCCCAAGAACCAAGGAUUCCUGGCCUGAGUGGGAUUCGGGGGGACCUUGGGAACAAGUGAAUUUCUAGGUCAGAGUUGAUGUUCUUAGGAGGCAGAAGUAUUCAACUUGGAGAAGGACUUGGAUUUCAAUUCCACCUCAAACAUAUAUUGCCUGUGUGACCUUGACCGAGUGAUUUUAUAUCUCUGAACCUUGGUUUCCUCCUCUAUAUAAAAAAUGGAUCAUCUCUAAAUCCUAUGGUUUUUUUUCAUAAAAUACUGUGAAAAUGUGUGAUUUGGGCAUAAUUUACUGCUAUAAUUUAUAAAAUGCUUUUUUGCCUCAAAGAGACUCAUUGUGCUACUUACUACCUGUGGGACCUUGGGUGAAUCACUCUCCCUCUCCAGGACUCAGUUUCCUCAUCUAUAAAAUG